AGUCAAACAUAUGGUCGCCAAUCUCCCCUUCACGGUGACCACACUGCCAUUCCAGCCAGCAGGCUUCCACAGUCAAUUCCCAUCUCAAUCCCUAUGACAUCAAGACCAUCAGAAGGGCCACAGAAACGGAGUUUGGAGGGCCUUAACUCGGAAAUACAGAAACUUGUGUUAACAGAUACUCAGACUGAAAGAGUAAUGGAGCAAAUACCAGAUGGCCGUAAAGCUCCUGUGGUAGAGAUAAUGUCUGGAGUGGGACCUUUUCGCACAGUAGAUAUUCACACACAGACAUCUGCUGACAACCAGGAAGGUCAAGAUAGUGGUGGGAGUGGCAACAGCAGCAGUAGAAGUCAUUCUGCAUCUCCAACAUACCCCAUAAUGCCUGGAGCAUCUGAUUCACGCCCAUCAUCAAGGUGUUCAUCUGGAGGAGCUGCAGAAGCUGAAGAGAAUGUAUCUCCUGAGCUUCCAGUUGGUCCUAAAUAUGCAUCCUCACCUAAGCCCAACAAUUCGUACCUCUUUGCAAGAGAGCCCCCUGAUGGAGCUGAGAAGGUGCCUUUGCACGUUGAAGAUGCAGACAGGGCCACAUCACCCUUGUUUCUUGGGCCAGACAAGACAAAGGUGAAAAUCAUCAACAUCAGUGCAAGGUCAGCUUUCUCGGCCUUCUCUGCCCUUCCCUCAUACCCCAAGAUGGCAGUCACUUCUCCAGCAACUGCCAACCAGCAGCUGUCACACCUGGAAGCCUCUCAGUAAACAUGGAACUGGAGGACAGGGACAAGACAAAAGACCAUGAAAUCUGACAUGGUGUGGUCAAACCAUUAAUAUCUAAAGUACUUAAAUAAAUACUCUAAUUUAUUGCCUCAUUAGCAUUAAGAAUGACAACCACGGGUUCUCCUCAGUGAUCUUCAUGUGUAUUUAAUUUAAAUCCUUUCAUCCCCUUGUUUAAUUAUCUAGCUAUGCCUAAUUUAUGAAAAGCUAUUCUAACUAUUUUAACUGACAGAUUUUGGUCAAGUGCAUAGUGUUGGGUGUGGAAUUGUUUGGUAACUUGGUUAAAAAAAAAAACGGUUUAAAUAUUCUACAGCGUGUCUCCUUUUUACUGGAUUAAGGUGGCCGUUCUAGGUGUUUCUUUUCCAGUGUUCUGUGUUUUGUUGGUUUGUAUAGCAAGAGGAGAAGUUUUGAUUGUAUCCAGAGUACUUGUUUGUCAAGGUCCAGUAUUUUGUGUAAUAUUAAUACAAGGGUCUUCAAAGAAGGAGGAAAGAUAUAGGUAUAUUACAGCAAUGUCAGUUAAACCUUCUAUUACUUAAAUGAGAGAAACAAAGUGAUACUUUUAUUCAUUUUGUGAAGAACAUGGAUUAAAAAAGGUAUGACAUCUUUGCAAAUAGUGAAUUUGACCUACACCUGGUCCUUUUUUCAACAAGAACACUCUUUCACUGUUUUUAUUUAGAAGAAGACUUAAUAGAUAUCAGUUCUUCAUAAGGGUAUUGUUAGUUUAUUUUGAAUACCCUGGCACACUGACAAGCAUACAAAAUUUUGUUUUAAAAGUUCUUUUCUUUUCGUAUGGUAACUUUUUGCAUGUUGGAUUUCUUUCUCAAAAUUUUUCAACAAGUCUCUCUUUAGCCCAAGAUUUUGAAGCUUUCUUGAAUCCCUUUUUAUAUAAACCUGACUACCUUUGAUGGAUCAUUGUGUCAGGAGGAGUUGCCUUGCCAUUUGAAGAUUGUAUAGUAACAUUAUUCAGUUAUUGUAUUAAGAGAGUGUAUCAUAUUCAUAAAUAUUAAGUGUAACUUAAUGAAAACAGACCUUUUGAUUAUAACACAUUAAGUAAUUUAGGAGUUUUAUAUAAAAUGGCUAUUCAGCAUUCAUUGACUUAAUUCUUAAUGUAUACUACAGUUCUUGAUGUAAAUAUUUUAUGGAUUAAGAUGACUAUAUGAUACUUGUAUAUUUUUACACUUAAAGAGACUCAAAUCUGUUGUAGAUUUUUUGAACUGCGAAGACUGUUCAAGAGUUUGUGUACUGAGACUGACUGGUGUGAGACUUGACCGUAUCACUCUUAACUUUGAUCUACUGGCUAGACCAGGGUUAUCUGCAAACCACAUAACUUUUGCCAUCAAACUAGAGAUAAACUUUAUUGCUGGUGAACGUUCUCUUAUUUAUCAUGUGCAAUUGCAGUUUUUUGUGGGGAGAUGUGUUUUAGUUGUUUUUCUUCAGCGUUUUGAAAGUAUUCCCCAGGUGAUGGGUGAUUUUUCAAUAUCUUAAGAAACUGGCAAUAAUUAUAUAUCCAUGUCGUAAACUAACUUAGAUGCUCUCGACGUUUUAGGAAGAGCAUUUCCUUGGACAUAUAUUUUGCUAAACACUUAUAAUUAAUUGCAUUCUUAUUACCACAUACUCGGUACUAAUAAAUAUUGAAACAGAAACUG